AAACUCUAAACUGCUCAGGCUCAACCAGCUUUACCAUUCUCUCUUUCAUUCCCUCCCUUUUCACUCGGACGUGUGCCCGCUCAGGAUGAGAAUGGCAGCAUCAUUUCCACAGCGAACAGAAGGACCCUGCAAAAUGUUGGCUUUUGCUUUGCUUCUAAUCCCCUCAGUCUUAAAUGCAGGAGUCAUGGCACUGGCAGAUGAAGUUGUCGCAAAGACGGUGGAACCUCUGGGAGCAGAGGCACGAGGAGACAUGAUCGCAAAGACAACUAAAGCUCCCUUGGAUUCACAGGGCCAAAUCUGGGCUUUGCCUACUCCAGCACCAACCAACCAGACUACAGUAACAGCUACUACAGAAGAGCCUGGAGUCAACGACAAUGGCCCUGCAGGUCAAGAAGAGGCGGAUGACAAAAAGAUGGAGCCAGAGACCCCAGCACCUUCUAGAGGUGACGGCCCCGGCAACAGACCACAGCCGGUGCCACAGGAUGAUGUCAUCUGCGUCAGCAAAGAGGCGGUCCAGGAUAAAAAUGCUGUCAGUCUGAAACUCAAGGCCUCCACCACUUGUAAAGACAGCAAAGUGAAGAUUAAAAGUGUUCUUGAGGAGCUGUGCACGAGCCCCUCUAGCUGUAAGCUAGAGCUCUACCAGGAGGACAACUCAAAAGAAAUCCUCGUGACUGGAAAGUAUGUUGAAGCUGAUGUUGUAGGCAUGACGAACAAGUUCAACAAUGACAACAUCAAAGACAAGACUAAUGUAGAAGAAGCUGUUCCUCACUGGGGGAAGAACUCCAAGUUGGUACUGGUUUCCUUGCUACUGACGGGCCUGCUGCUAGCUGCACUGCUGGUAGCUGGUUAUUACCUCAAGACCCACCGCAAGAACUCCAAAGGAGUCAGACUGGCCGAGUCUUUCCAGGUAGAUGAGGAGAACCAAACUAACACCCUAGUGUCUGUGGCCCCCCUGCCCCAGGAGCCCCUCGACAAGCCCACCGUCAACGGAGAGUCUCCACCAGAAAAUGGGACCAACCCCGCCCCUGCCACUAACGGACACUCCCAGGCCCAGAGCCCAGUGGCUGACACUGAAAUGUGAACCAUGAUACCCCAUCCUUAUGGUCUACCAGUCACCUACUUGAACACAACCCCUCUGCUGCCUCAGAACCUGCCCACACAUUGAGACAAAUUCAAUGUAAUUUCAGCAAACAGAUUCACCCUCUACUUUCCUCUCCGCGACCCUCACCUCUUGUAAUGACGCUGACAAUGCUUAUGAAGCUCAUGACUGUGAUGACAGCAAUGACAAUGCCUGUAAUGUGAAAUUUUUGGGCCUUUGCUAGUGUCAAGAGAAGCACACAUGUGUAGCUUUUGGACUCAAAGGUGAUCAGCAGGCCUUUGACUUGGAUUUGUUAGCAGCUCUGACUUCAGUCUAGUAGCAAAAAUCAUUGCAGAAUCAUCCAAAUAAUCACUGUUGAUCCCUGAUAAAGAAACAGGGAAACUCUGUCAUUUCACUCACAGCUGUGGUGCAAAGUGACCACUGAAGUCAGGCAGUUGAAAGAAGACCAGUUUUAGUACUGUACUUAAAAAAGGACUGAUGCUUAAUGCUUGUUUUUAAUUCUAUGUCAUUCAGGAAAUGUUCAAAACAUUUGUGUAACCUCUCUAUUUGCCUUUAGCUUGUUAAGACCUAUAAAGUAUGAGAUGGACAAAAAAGUGAAUUAAAGAGAUCCAUCGAGUUUAACUAUGUUUGCAAAGAUUUAUUUGUUAUCAUUGACAUAGCAUUAGCAAAAUACAAACUAGUUACAGUAGCUCACAGCAAGACGAUCUUUGGUUUUAUUGAGGGUUUAAGAUAUGCUACCAAGCCAUAAAUAAUGUGGAAAUGUCUGAACACUAGCCUUGUGGUAAGACUGGCCAACUGGCCAGGGUGAACCCUGCCUCUCACCUGAUGUCAGGACUGGCUCCAUCCAACCCUUUUACAGGAUGAGUGGUACAGACCAUGGGUGGAUGGAUGUCUGAAAACUUCUACUAUUUGCCUCAGUCUUUUAUACCGAUAACUACUGACCUCUGGUCAAAGCUUAAUUGGGAUAAUUCGCCAAGGACAUCUUUAUUUUUGUUUGUUGGUCAUUUUUAUGAUGGCAUUACUGUACAGUUUUGUUUGUUUUUUACACAAUGUCAGUUCUUUCCUACUCUUACCACUGUGCUUGAGAAUGGUGAAGUGCAUCAUAUAUAUUUUUUUUUUAAUUUAGACAAAAGGGGGAAAAAAAUCCCAGAACAGACUGGGAGUUUUCAAAUUGCCUGACUGGUAAACAAUCACUGCCAUGAAGUUCAUGCACAACAUACAGCAGGUUCAGCAUUCCCUUGACUGCCUUUAUCUACUUGUUGAUAUGAAAUAUUUUUACAUCAGUGGUACAUGUUUUUUAGCUUUUCUUUUGAACAACUGGCUGCCUUUAUAAUGUACUGCAUGUGUAAAUAAGCCUGCUUUCUCUGUUAGUAGUACCUUGCCUGAUACAUAAACUGUGAUUGUUGACAA